AGGAGGAAGAGGAGGAGGAAGAAGACGAGCGUUUUUUGUGAAAGUUGAAAACGACGUUGAAAACUCGGUGAAUCAAUCGAAACUUGGAACUCUGUGCGUCGAUUCGUCAUCCCGCAGACACACCUUUCUCAUUCGUUCGCAAGGAUUACCGGAAUCGUUAUGAAACUUCACGAGAAGAAGGAAUCCGGGAUACACAGAGUGCAGGAGAUUCCUUUGGAGGAAUUGGAGCUCUCGAAAGAGUACGAAGUGGAGAAGACCCUCGGGGAGGGCAGUUUCGCCAAAGUGUUGUUGGCCACCCAUCGAGCCACACGAACGAGGGUAGUUCUGAAAGCCGUCCACCAAGAGCUGACCACGGAGAAGGACUUUUUCCGCGAGUUCCACUACUCGUAUCACUUAAGCCCGCAUCCGAAUAUCCUGUGCUCGUACGCGGUCGCGUUCAAGGCGGAGAAGUGUUUCGUGUUCGCCCAGGAAUACGCCCCUUACGGGGACCUUGCCGGGAACGUGAGGGCAGGGGGUUUGAGCGAGGAGGCCUGCAAGAGGAUCGCCAGCCAGCUUUGCUCCGCGCUCGACUUCAUCCACUCGAAGCAGCUCGCGCAUCGGGACAUCAAGUUGGAGAACGUGCUUGUGUUCGCCCUCGACAUGUCGAAAAUCAAGCUGUGCGAUUUCGGGUGCACGAGGCGGGAGGGGACCCUGGUGAACAAGAUCAGGUGCACCUGGCUACCCUUCCAACCGCCCGAGAUCUACGAGAUAGUGAAGAACGAGAGAUACGCGUGCAAGAGGAGCGCCGAUUGCUGGCAAUUCGGGAUCGUUCUGUUCGUGUGCCUGACGGGGAAUCCACCGUGGCAAACCGCGGACCUCAUACAGGAUCCCGAAUACUCGGCCUUCCAAAGGUGGCUGAAGAGACGGACGACCAAAGUCCCCCCGUCGUUCAGACGGUUCACGCCCAGGUUGCUGCGAUACUUCAGGAGAACGUUCGAGCACAAGCCCGAGAAGAGGCCGCACGUGACCGAAAUCAACAAAUACUUGAAAGACUCGUGGUGCGUGAACAAGAUCAGUCACAGCGCUACGUCCACGUUGGUGGACGCAAGCGAGGGGGUAGCGAGGAGGGCGGACAGUUUGCUGUACCUCGACACGAUCCUCGAUGAUCAACGGAACGUGGACGAGAACAAGAACAAGUUGAGGAAGCUUCUCAACAGUUACGGGCUCGAGACGACGAUCGAUCAGAAGGUUGUCACGAAAAGGAUCUGGGAGUGGGUGAUGCAGUGCGACUCGAACAUAGCCGAGCCGGCGUUCGUGGGUAGUUUCGGGACAGAGAGUAUGUGAGGGAUGGUCAAAGCUUCUAGCGAACCUUGCCUUAGAAGCGAACGUCAGAAACGAAAGUAUAGUUUCGGUGGGUUCGACGCUGCCCGCGAGGGAAACGCACCACCCUCUUCGCUAUGUGCCAAACCAACGUUCGAAAGAACGGCCACGAAUUCACCUUCGAUCCUUCAUUAGAGAGACAAGGUGCCGUCGUUCACUCGCCUUUCACUUUCCAAUACCAAAUUCGAACGCUUUACCGAUAUGGACGUGAAAAUGUGUGAUAAUUCCCCCUCAUUCUCCUCUCCUCCCUCCUUGUGUCUUUUAUUAACGUAUCUCUUCUCCACCCAAUUAUCCACACGACUCACGCUCUCACCUAUUCCGAUCCUUUCUCUGAUGAUCCACGUCAUUUCCCUCGCUGCAUCAAUCUUCUCUACGAGCGGACCAAUUAUCGACAAAUGUAUGUGCGUUAUUUAUUAUCGCGUACAAACAUCUUUCGUACGCUUCCUCCUGCGUGGAAGACCCUCGAGACGAGAAUUGCCUAAAGACUGUACGAAAAAGUUGAGUGCGAUGAAUGCGAGAGAUAACCGGGGCGAUCCUGAACGCGAAACGAAUGUGAUAGAUAA